AUGUUUAUCUAUCCACGUUUAAUUUUCUGGUCUUUAAAUGCUUAAAGCUGGAAGGAGGGUUCUAUGGGCCUCGUAAAUGCAUUAAGCUGGACAAUGCUUGGCUAGGUUUGUGACGAUCUAGACUGACGAUAUACUUUGAUCUGUCAUCGCAAAGCACAGCUGCAGGGGCUGCAGUGAUGGCCCUUGUGAACUUGUCGUUCGCCGCCUGCGGUUUUCUGGGGAUCUACCAUCUUGGCGUUGUGGCUGCGCUGCUCAGACACGGAGACAAGCUGCUGGACUCUUUAAGAGCGUGUGCGGGGGCGUCGGCCGGAGCUUUGGUCGCCGCCGUAGUCGUCACAGCCCCUGACAAGCUGGAGCACUGUAAAGAAUUCACCUACCGGUUUGCCAACAAUGUCAGGAAACAAAAACUUGGUGCGCUGUCACCGGGAUAUGACUUCAUGCUCGAGCUGAGGGACGGGAUGGAAGAGAUCCUACCUCCUGAUGCACACCUGUUAGCCAACAAGUGCCUUCACGUUUCUAUAACCCACUUCAAGACGGGCAAGAACAGGAUGGUGUCCAGUUUCACCACCAGAGAAGACCUCAUUAAGGUCCUAUUGGCUAGCAGCUUUGUGCCUGUCUAUGCUGGAAUGAAGCCAGUGGAAUUCCAAGGCCAGAAAUGGAUAGAUGGCGGGUUCACGGAUGGGCUUCCUGUCCUUCCCACAGGACGUACAAUCACUGUAUCACCAUUCAGUGGCCCACAGGACAUCUGCCCACAUCAUCCCAUAGGCAGUGUGCAGCCACACAUCAGGCUGCCAAACAUGACCCUUAAAUUUUCUUGGGAUAACAUCAAACGCCUGGACCGCGCCCUCUUCCCGGCGCCCCUGCCCAGAAUGCAAGCCCUGCACGAGGAAGGUUUUGCGGACGCCGUGCGCUUUCUGAGGACGGGCGGAUGGAUGCGGUAGCAAGACUCGGGUCAUCAUCCUUUAGUGUCUUUAAUUUGCUAUGAAUUUUAACUGUAUAUUUGAUGUAACGCUUUGGCUUGCCAAAAGAAUUUUAGGUGGAGUUUUUCAAAAUGGUUGUUGGACUACAUUUUCACUCUUCACUGAAUACAAUCCAAGAUGUAACUAAAUGAUAUCAUUUAAAAUAUCACAAACAUUGCUGCUGUAUACUGUCUCUUUUCCUAAAUAUCGUCUUUAAAUAAAACAUGUUACCCUGACAUUA